AUGUUGGAUUGGACACAGAGAACAAUAUCAACUAGUUUUAGUGACGACUAUAAUUGUGAUCAAGAAGAAUAUGGCGAAAUUUUAUUAUUUGGUGUUGAAAUGGAAGAAAAUAGUGCUAUAUUCGCAUGGCUCUAUGUUGAUACAUUGGGGGACAUAUU